AUGACGCCCCCGGGCCGACCGGACCCUGGGGCGAGGGGCGGGGCUUUCCGACGCGCGGCCCCGACUCCCGCCCCCGGCCCCGGCGCUGGUCCCGGCGCCUCGGCCCCCGGGAAGGGGCGAAGAGUCUCCUUAGCCGUGACGGCGCGGGCACUCACACUCCACGAGUGUACUUUGGACCGGCACGCGGCGAGGUGCGGUGACACCAUGGAGGCUCCCUAG